UUCCGGGUCACACGGCGCAGGCGCAGAACUUCCCAGGCGUAGCGCGAGGUGGGUGCGCGUGGUGCGCGGGUCUCCCUGCGGGUCCGGCUCUUGGAACCGGGUGUUCGUGGCGCGGGCGUCAUGUCAGACAACGAGGACAAUUUUGAUGGUGAUGACUUUGAUGAUGUGGAGGAGGACGAAGGAUUAGAUGACCUGGAGAAUGCGGAAGAGGAGGGCCAGGAGAAUGUUGAGAUCCUCCCCUCUGGAGAGCGACCACAGGCCAACCAGAAGCGAAUCACCACACUAUACAUGACCAAGUAUGAGCGAGCCCGUGUGCUGGGCACCCGCGCCCUCCAGAUCGCGAUGUGCGCCCCCGUGAUGGUGGAGCUGGAGGGGGAGACAGACCCCUUGCUCAUCGCCAUGAAAGAGCUCAAGGCCCGGAAGAUCCCCAUCAUCAUUCGCCGCUACCUGCCAGAUGGGAGCUACGAAGACUGGGGGGUGGACGAACUCAUCAUCACCGACUGACUCUCCGCACCCCGGCGUCCUUGCUUGCGGUCGUUGUACUUGUAAAUAAUAAACUGUUCCUCCUCUCA